UUAAAUGAAAAAGGGGAGUAUUGUAUCUGAAGCUUCCUACACAGGAGAUCUGCAGAAAACUCUUAUGGAGGUCCUCAGUUACUGCCAGGCCAUGUAUGAUGCCAUUCAGAAACUGGAUAAAAAGUUUGACCUGCUUCAUCGAAAGGUUUCUGAAAUGCAGCAUACUCGUGUGAAGCCACUGUUGCUCAAACCUAGACCAGUUGGCUUUGCAUACAGAAGUUCCAGUCACUUGCCCCAAGGAAAAAUUGGAGUACAAAAAUCGAUGGAAAGGGAAUCAAGCCUUCAUCUCUCUUCACCAGGACAGGGAAGGCAUAGCCCAGUCAUAAGGGUUGCCCUACAAAAGGGCCACGUUCAGGUCAACUCCACAAUAAAACGCGUUCAACAGACUCUUCAACUUGAGUCACAGCAGCCUGUUCUUAGGCAGAGCCCACCACUCCCCACUAUAGUUUCUACUCAUUCAUUGCAUUCGCCAUACACAGCAACUAACGGGAUCCCUGACCUUCCUCCACGAUCAAAUCUUGCAGCUACAGUUGUGGAAAGCACUGUCAACAUUGCCUCUUCACCAGUGGCAUCGUCAGUGAUGCCACCAUCUUCUGAGACCAGUUUGGGAAAUAAUGCUGUGCUAGUAAACUACAGAAAUGCAUCUGGGAAUGUGAAUAUUAGUAAAGAGCUGCCGUCUUCUUCAGUCUCAAUCAAUCCUAGCCUUGAGUAUGUUGGUGACCCAUUGAGAAAUGUAAAAGUUCUUGGAAACUAUUUGAUGAAAGCUCGGCAAAAGACUAAACCAAAGUAUGCAGCACGCUACUUGGUCCGUGUCUUGUUCCCCAAGGAAACAUUACUGUGUAGCAUUAUGGGAGUGAGCGCACGAGGGCGCAGAACGUUAGACCCUAACAAAAUCGCUGCAAUAAGAGAAUUUCUUGCAGCUAACUUUCCGAACUAUGAUUUGAGUGAAUAUGGAAAAGACUGGAAGACCUGUAUCACAAAUGUUAAUGCUAUGAUCCGCUGUUUACGCUCGGAAACAAAAAUAAACUCAGAGACAGCUGAAGGGGAAGAAAAAUCGGCUGACACUCCAGAUACGUCUUUUUGUGUAGAUUUGAAUUGUAGUGAGGAAAGCGAAGGCAAUUCUCAAAACUCUCAGAAAAUGACCACCACUGACAGACUACAGAAUUCGGGAUGGGAUAAAUUUCCAGAAGCUUUUGUAGCACCUUCAGCCAAGAAGCUCCAGUCUUUGGAACCUAUGGAACUUCUCGGGAGUCCUUGGCGCAAUGUUCAGUUGCCUUUCUCAGUCAUCUAUGUAGCUAAGGGGAAGUCUCGGCCGGAGUUAUCGGCUCGCUACCUAAUUCGUCAUCUCUUCACGGAAGAUGUCCUGGUGAAAAGCAAUGUAUAUGGUAAUCUUGAACGUGGCAUGAGUCCCCUGGACUGCAACAGAAUUAAUGCUCUCAGAGACUUUCUUCAAGAGAACUACCCAUCCUUUGAUCUGAAGGAAACUGGAUACGAUUGGAAGGCAUGCGUGGCUGCCAUAAACAGCACAAUCCGCAGUCUCAGACAUGACCUUAAAAAGGCUACGGUUGGAAUGCGCAGGAGACUGUUAGCAAUGCCACCACCAAGCAAAAAGAGUCCUCCACAGAGUCCCAUUUCAAUAAAGGCAUAUGAAAGUGACACUAUCAAUCUCACAGACUGAAGUCCGCCAACAGCUGUCUCAAAUCUUAAUUUAGUAGGCUUUUAUAAAUCCCGCACAGAAGCCUAUUACAUUGAGUUAUCAGCAGCACUAAAUAGUAUAUUUCAGGAGACCAAAGUUGUCAGAAGACCUAGGAACCCUAGCUACUUGUGUAAGUAGGCUUUGUGCUCCCCAAAGAGAUGACAUCUGCUGUUCCCUCUAGUGUUUGUGACGUGCUCUCCUCCGAAGGCACCUUCUUUUCAAGAUUCAUUGACUCUGAAAGAAUAAUUUGAUUACAGAAGACGCACUGCACGUCAAGUCAGCAGAAGCAGAUGGGAAUGGGGAGAGAAGGGAUGCUCCUCCUUGGAGGAAGAUUCAUAGCCGGUUAAGAGCAUCUCGUUAUGUGUGGGGAGGGAGAUUUGAUACAACAGCUGGGUAUUUUAACCCAUAAUACCUAAUGCAGAAAGGAAAAUACAAUUGUUAUUGCAUCUAGCUAAUUUGACAUAUAUAUAUCUCACUUUUUUUCCCUUCCUAUAGCAGUCUUUUUUUGUAGGGUAAGGAAAGAGGCAGACAACAACGUAAGUACAGUUGUUGGUAAGUAAUGUUUUCUUCCCUCUAAUUUAGAUCUGGUUUGCAAAAUCACAAAAGCACCUAGAACAAACAUCCCAAUACUUAGUUCUGUUUGUUCUUGAUGUGAAUUUAAUGAAAAUAUAUCUUCAAGGGCAUAGUCCACUGUUCAGUGGCAUGUAUCUAUCUCAUGUCUGAUGUCCACAAAGUGCAAAUCUGCUGCAACUCUUUUAUCUAGAGGAUUUGGAUACAGAUUUAAAGAAUCGUUUCCAUCAGCUUCAAGUCAUUGGUCCUCCAAUUAAGAUUGUAGAGACACAUAUUCUACUGCUUGUAUGCAGUCAGAGAUUACCAGCAUCAAUGGUACAUCUUCUCCAGCUCAUGAUCGUAGCUUUUAGUAUACAGGUCUGCAGCUGCUUGUGUACAAGGCUAGGCAUAUUACUUUGGUGUCUCUUCAGGUUUCAUUUUUGAAGACAUGUCAUCCUGUCCUGGUUAACUUAAUCACUGCACAUCUCUCAGAGUUUAUCCCUGUCUUCCCCUUUCUUUAUGCUUACACAACACUAAGAUUUAUUAAUGGGCUGAAUUACAACCAAAAAAACCCCUCAUUUUGGAAAUUACUGGGAUGUGAGAAUAAUAAAAAUAAGUUAAUAGAAAUUAAUACCUAUGUAUACUCAAUUUAAUGUCCCCCUCAAUUUAGUUUAUAAAUUGAAAUUCAGCAGCAGCAGUUUUACAGAAGUUAAGGGUUUUUUCUUUUGUUUUUUCAAUAGAGAAAAUAAUCUAUAUAUGCCUUCCUGUUGCUUCUUUCUCCCAGCAUCAGUCACACAGUCCUAUCACUUUUUACAGGUUGGCUAGUUGGUGCGUGAACUUGCCCUGCCAUUUGCAUCAUCUCUGAGUUUAGUCUCAGAUGUCCAUAUUUUUCACAGAAAAAUAGCUCUUCAGAAGACUGACACAAUAAGGAAUCAGCUUCACCUCUGAAAGCUGUUUUAACUGUGGCUUCCAAAACUAUGCGUGUGUACAUAGUAUGAUUUAACUAGAUCUGUCCUCUAAGGCGAAGGUUUCUUUUUGUUGUUGUUGUUGUUGUUGUUUUUAUUAAGAGUAGGAUAAAAUAGGAGUGAAAUUACUUGUUUUCACUUUAACUUCUAUCCAUAACAAAUGGGCAGUGUUUAUUAUAUACAUGAGAGGAUCACAAUACAGUUUUUUUUAUUGCAAGUUAGGAUAUGCAAUGUCCUUAUCAAAUAAGAAAUUAAUAUUUCCCCUAUCAGCUCCUUCUUGCCAUGCAGAUAUUUUUUGUAGACUUUAAGAAGUAGUUUCAACUGAUUAAUUCUCAGAGAAAUGUUGUACUGCUGUUGGUCAGUAACAUAUGAAAUUUGGUGGUUCUUGUUUACUACCAACAAAUUCUGCUGUUACUGUUAUAUACAGUCUGUCUUGUAAAUGCCGAUAGUUUUAUAUUGUGUGUAGAUAUUACUAGUUUGAAACCUCAGAAGAAGCCAAAAAUGCUUAUAUUUUUUCAGUAGUUAUAUGAAAUUUUUUCCACUGUCAUUCAUAGAUUUUAAUAAUAGAAUGAUAUAUUUAUUGAAUAACCUGUCUGGCACUGAAAUUUGUUAAUGUGGUGCAUACCUCUAGCUUCCAUAUUGAAAAGAGAGCUGAAUAAUUGAA